GCUUCUUCCUUCAAAAACCAAACCACAAAAUAUCAACAAUACCCAUCAUAAGUCACUUCAUAUUCCAAGUUUUACAUUCAUUUUACUUACCAUUUUCCAACUUACAGAUCCUCCUGGACUCUCCUAGCCUUUUCAUAUAAAGCCAAACCACAAAAUAUCAUCCAAAUCCAACGAUCACCACUCUCUUUCAUCAUAAUCCCACACAAUCCAACGGCCAAAAUCUAAAGAUCCUUCUAGAAUACUCUCCCUCCAAAACUUCUUUUUAUAAACAUGAUCAUCUUUCUCGCUUCUUUCUAACCCAGAUUCUAAAAGCCCUGUAAAACCAAUAACUCAUACUCAUUGUUCUUCUGUGAAAGCUUAGUGUGCAUUUUCAUGGCGGCUACCUCAGCAGCAGCUCAGAUAAACAUCCUAGGACAGAACAAAAACAACAGUUCCUUCCUAGGUCAAAAUCUUAGGAUCAAGAUCAAGAAUACUAACCCAUUUUCGGUUCUAGUGAAUUCUAGAAGGAAAAAUGGUAAACACCAUCUAGAACAUUCUAGAAGGUACACUACUCUACGGGUAGCGUGCGAGAAGGUGGUGGGGAUUGAUUUAGGGACAACAAACUCGGCGGUGGCGGCUAUGGAAGGAGGGAAGCCUACGAUUAUAACGAAUGUGGAGGGGCAGCGAACGACCCCGUCGGUAGUGGCUUACACAAAGGGUGGAGACCGGCUUGUUGGGCAGAUUGCGAAGCGGCAGGCGGUGGUUAACCCGGAGAAUACAUUCUUCUCUGUAAAGAGGUUUGUAGGAAGGAAAAUGGGGGAGGUUGAUGAGGAGUCUAAGCAGGUUUCUUAUAAAGUUGUGAAAGAUGAAAAUGGGAAUGUUAAGCUUGAGUGUCCUGCUAUUGGCAAACUCUUUGCCCCUGAGGAAAUUUCUGCCCAGGUGUUGAGGAAGCUUGUGGAAGAUGCAUCAAAGUUCUUAAAUGAUAGUGUAAACAAGGCUGUGAUAACUGUGCCAGCUUAUUUCAAUGAUUCACAAAGAACUGCAACUAAGGAUGCUGGUAAAAUUGCUGGUUUGGAUGUUCUUCGGAUCAUCAACGAACCCACAGCUGCUUCAUUAGCAUAUGGGUUCGAAAAGAAGAACAACGAGACCAUUUUGGUUUUCGACCUUGGAGGUGGUACUUUCGAUGUUUCGGUUCUUGAGGUUGGAGAUGGAGUUUUCGAGGUGUUAUCUACAUCAGGUGACACACACUUAGGAGGUGAUGAUUUCGACAAGAGAAUUGUGGAUUGGUUAGCAGAUACUUUCAAGAAGGACGAGGGCAUAGAUCUUCGGAAAGACAGACAAGCUCUUCAACGUCUAACCGAGGCUGCUGAGAAGGCAAAGAUUGAGCUUUCGACAUUAACGCAGACUAGCAUCAGCUUGCCUUUCAUUACCGCAACAGCAGACGGUCCUAAACAUAUCGACGCAACUCUCACGAGAGCAAGGUUUGAGGAGCUAUGUUCAGACUUGCUCGACAGAUUGAAGACUCCGGUUGAAACUUCUUUGAAGGAUGCACAGCUAUCAAUCAAAGACAUCGACGAAGUUAUCCUUGUUGGCGGCUCCACAAGAAUACCAGCAGUACAGGAUCUUGUGAGAAAGAUGACGGGCAAAGAUCCGAACUGUACUGUCAACCCCGAUGAAGUAGUUGCCCUAGGUGCCGCUGUUCAGGCUGGUGUGUUAGCCGGAGAUGUUAGCGACAUAGUUUUAUUAGACGUAACACCAUUAUCUCUAGGUUUAGAGACUCUCGGUGGAGUAAUGACGAAGAUCAUCCCCAGAAAUACAACAUUGCCUACAUCCAAAUCAGAGGUUUUCUCUACAGCUGCAGAUGGACAGACAAGUGUAGAGAUCAAUGUUCUUCAAGGUGAAAGAGAGUUUGUGAGGGAUAAUAAAUCACUUGGAAGCUUCCGGUUAGACGGGAUUCCUCCUGCCCCUCGAGGAGUACCCCAGAUUGAAGUUCGGUUCGACAUUGAUGCCAACGGUAUUCUCUCUGUCACUGCCGUUGACAAAGGAACAGGCAAGAAACAGGACAUUACCAUAACUGGUGCUAGCACCUUGCCUAAAGAUGAGGUCGACCGAAUGGUUCAAGAAGCGGAGAGGUUUGCAAAGGAGGAUAAAGAGAAGCGAGAAGCAAUCGACACAAAGAACCAGGCUGAUUCUGUUGUGUACCAGACCGAGAAGCAGCUGAAGGAGUUAGCAGAUAAAAUCCCUGCGACAGUAAAAGAGAACGUUGAGGCCAAACUGAAAGACCUCAAAGACGCUAUUGAAGGUGGUGUUACGCAGAAGAUAAAAGAUGCUAUAGCUGCAGUGAAUCAGGAAGUGAUGCAGAUAGGGCAAUCUUUAUACGGUCAACCAGGAGCGGCUGGGGCAGGUCCGGCAGCGGGUAGUGCUGCUGGCCCAACGGAAUCUACUGGUACCAGUUCUGAUGGUAACGGGGAUGUGAUAGACGCUGAUUUUAGCGAAAGUAAAUGAGAAAAAUGCCUUGCAAUUGAAUUCCCAUUUGGUGUACCAAUAAAUGUAUAGAAUUACAGGGAAUACUAGAAGUCAUUAUAAGUAAAUGUUAGAAUUAGGUGUACUUGUAAGGUUUUGAUUGAUUUUGGAUGGAAAUUGUUGUAUCAUGUCCCUUCCUAAAUAACACCCUUCAAUUUAAAAUAACGAAAACUUUUUGUCGUAAA